AUGGGACUGAGGGGGCUGGGCCUGAGCGGCCGAGCUAAGGUUUAGGCCCGAGAGAAAGAGGCGGUACUAAGGUUCCAGGUGGGACGAAGAGGGGCGGGAAGGAGGUGGGAGGCCCCGGAUGAAGAGCGCGGCUGAAGCUUAGGUUUGGGCUAAAACAACGCAGAGCAAGGGGAGGGUGGAGGGAGAGACUGGGCAAGCAUGGGGCGGAGUUAAGGGCUGGAUCGGGGCGAGGCUGACAUUGAGGUUUACGGCUGGCUCGACCAAGCUGAGGUUCAGGAUUGGACUUCCGCGAGGAAGUCUUGUAGAGAGAGAACUGGGCUAAGAGCGAUGUGGGUCAGGACGACACUGAGGAUCGAAAGGUGGACUAAGGAAAAGACUGAGGACAAUGCCACCAUCUGGGCUGAGAGCAGCGCUGAUGUAAACAGGUUACCCAGCUGGGAGAGAGGACAUCUGCUGGCUGGCGUGGCGUCUAGCACGGAUGCAUCUACCUUCUCCUCUGAAGGUGAAUUCAAGGACCCGGACAGGUGCUGCUGGAAACACAAGCAGUGCACUGGGCACAUUAUCCACCCCUUCACCUCUGACUAUGGUCACCACAACCUGCACCUGCACUCUGUCAGCCACUGCGACUGUGAUUCUAGGCUGAAGGACUGCUCAGAGAAGACAAAUAGCAGCAGCUCCCGAGAUGUGGGCUCAGCCUGCUCCCGAGAUAAGGGCUCAACAUGUUUCAACAUCAUCCAGUCCCCUUGCUUUGAGCUCAUCCCAGAGGAGGAGUGUGUGGAACGGUUCUGGUAUGGCUGGUGCAAAAGCUAUAGGCCUAUCUCUGUGGCUGUGAUCCACCAUCCCAUCCACCAUGACUGUGGGGCAGAUAAUCUGAAUGAAGAGGAGGAGGAGGAGGAAGAAGAAAGCAAGCCCCCCAUUCCGACCCAGGUGGGGCCGGCCACCACCACCACACCCGCUGACCCAGUUAUGGGCACAAUCACAAGUACCCCGGAUUCAGCAGCUCCCAUCACUAUCUGGCGCUCUGAGAGCCCCACAGGGAAGUCCCAGGGCCACAAAGUGAUCAAGAAGGUAAAGAAGAAAAAAGAGAAAGAGAAAGACAAGGAAGAGGAUACAGAUGAGAAGCCAAAGCCAAAGAAAAAAGUCAAGAAGGGCAAGUUGAUUAAGAAGAAAAGCCCGGUAAAAUCGGUAUCUUCACCUCCAGACCUGAGCCGGUCAGUAAGCCCAAGAGAGUUGACGAGGAUGUCAGAGUCCAGCCCAGAUAGCCGGGGAGACCUGGAGAGUGAGGACAGUUACAGUGACCGCAGGCGGGAGGAGCCCUCCAGCGAGGAUAUCUUGGAGUCUUCGUCCCCCAGGAAGAGAGAGAAGAACACCAUCCAGACUAAGAAACCUGGGGCAAAGGCCUCACCAGUCAAGAAGGUCAAGAGGAAAUCUCCCCCAGCAUCAAAUCCCAAUCUCAGUUGAGGCCAGGGCAUCCAGGGUGAAGAAUAAAUGCGAUCAAGCCUGUAGCUGACCCCCUGCUGCUGUUCUCUCUCCCUCCAACCUGUCCCUUCCCAGGGGAGGGGGUGGGUUCUGGGCGCAGCAGGAGUCAAGGGGCCAGGGGCUACUGGGGUUUUGGAAGAGUAAUUUGUUCCUCAGGACGGAGUCCAUGGGAACAGAAGGGAGGGCAGAGGCGGGGCACAGCCUGUUUCUCUGUAACAUUCUAGGCUCAGGGCAGAGCACAUCUGGAUGGGGUGGGAAGGAGGCUCCCCAUCUUUUGGGAGACUGGUCUGUGAAAUCCGCUCGGGGAUAGGCAGUGCUGUCUGCAGUGAUACCCCUAAUAAAUUGAACCUUUUAACCCAC